CAUCUUUAUAGGUAGGGGCAGCAUCCAUAUAGAUAAGUGUCAUGUCCUGAGGAACCUCCAGCCUUACCAUCACCACCAGAAUCCCACCGCAAACAAUGGCUUCCAAGGCCCUUGUGAAGCUCCCCAGAUUAGAUCUCUCGGAUGAGGGCUUGCAGCCGGGAUCGGAGAGCUGGGGCCUGGUCCGAGCCCAAGUCCGGCAAGCGCUGGAGACCUUCGGAUGCUUUGAGGCGGUCUUCCCCAAAGUCCCAGAAGAGCUCCGGAGGGCCAUUUUCCCUGCUUUGGAUGAGCUUUUCUCCCUUCCCACCGAGGCCAAGCUUCGAAACAUUUCCGACAAGCCGAGUCAUGGCUACGUAGGCCAAUACCCACACCUACCUCUCUUCGAGAGCAUGGGAAUCGAGGAUGCCGAAAUCCCUGAAGAAGCCCAGAAAUUCACAGCUCUCAUGUGGCCGCCCCAUGGCAACCAAAGCUUCAGCGAGACCAUAUGCUCUUUCUCGAAGCAUGUCGGGGAAUUGGAUCAAAUGGUGAGGAGAAUGGUUUUGGAAAGCCUGGGAGUGGAAAAAUACCUGGAUUCCCACAUGCAAUUGACCCGCUAUGUUCUUCGAGUGAUGAAGUACAAAGGACCUGACACGGCCGAGGCAACGAUGGGCCUCGGCGCUCACAGCGACAGCAACAUAGUCACCAUUCUGUAUCAGAAUCAAGACGGGCUCGAGAUACAAACCAAGGAUGGGCGCUGGAUCCCAGUCUCCACCUCGCCGGACUCCUUCGUUGUCAUGACUGGAGAUUCUUUUACGGCAUGGAGUAAUGGUAGGGUGCACGCCCCAGAACACCGGGUCAUGAUGACAGGGAGCGAGGUGAGGUAUUCUGCAGGCUUGUUUGCGAUGCCGAAAGCCGGCCAUUUGGUGAGAGCUCCGGACGAGCUGGUAGAUGAAGAGCAUCCCUUGCUCUACAAGCCCUUUGAUCACAUGGACUUCCUUCGGUUUCAUCGCACCAGGCUGAAUCAGACUGUGAAGGCAGCCUUGAAUGAGUUCUGUGGUGCAUGAGAAAUUCUCUCCCAAGCAUAAGCAUGCACGGUUAUCCAUGUCUAAGUUGCUUUUUUCUGGGACCAUCCAUGAACUUAGUUUAUGACUUUGAGAGUGGAGCAAUAAACGUGUGCUUUGUUGAAGGAAUGGAGUACUGAAUCAUCUCUCUCCGUGUCCUCUCUCGUGAUUCUUUCUUGGUUAUUCUCUAAUGUUCUUCGUCCUUUUUCUGCUGCAAACUAGCUGCGUUAUGGUUUCUGUUCA